UUCUGAAUAUCUUGCUGUUUGCCAAAGCUACUGCAAUCUCCCAGGUGGGGGCUUGUGUACCAACAUAUUUAGCCCUUCUCUGGAUCACUCUAUAGUUGGAACUUUCACCCCUUUUGGACAUGGCAGUAUCUGUCUUCCUAGCAGCAACACCGUAACACUGAUGUUUAAUCAGGAAGGAGGUCUGGUGACUAACAAAGAUGAAGAAAUGGCCAGAGAGUGGAAAUGGCCUCGGGACGGCAAGCUUGCCAAGCCAGUUAUAAUACAGGUUAAUGAAUACAUCACAGUGAGGAUUGCAGGGCGCUUUGCAAUUGGCUUGAUCUACAAGUGGCAACAAGAAAGUGUGUGCUUGUCUUUGUCACCACUGCGGGGUGCGGCUCUUCCACAGUUAGAAAAGUCGCCAAAGUUGACAGAGCUGUUGAAGAAAUACGAAGUUCCAAAAGAGACUGUAAGCCAUGUAAAUGAUAUCAGUGUAGCCAGAGAACUGAGGAAGCUACAGAGGAAAAUCCAGAAGAUUGUGGAUGACUGGAUGGAACAUUAUCAAACUGCCCUAGAUCAGCACGGAAUUGACUCCACGCACAUUCAGAAAAUGUCUGACCUUCCUCUGAGACUCUUAAGGAAAUGCAAAAUUCAGUCUGCAGAUGCUCUCACAGUUACCUCAGUCAUGCAGAGAUCACAGGGGAAGAGGAAAGACAACAGCCAGGCUCCCAGGUCAGAAAGUCCUCUCCUCCUAGAUCAAUUGCAGUCGGCUUCUCCUUACAACAUGCAGCAGGAACCAUGCUCUUAUUCUUCCAGGGCUUCUGUUUUAAUAAAUAGCAAUAUCAAAGCAGAGAAGCCACAUAUGACUCCAUUCCAUUUAAGCAAAAGGAGGAAUGUACAGAACAUCAGAAAUUCAGGGGUCAUAUCCCAGACUGCUUGUCCUGCUGUUCUUCGGAGAAUUAUGAUGGGGGAGGAAGGGAAGACGUGCAGAUGUAGUAAUCGUAAGAUUCCCCAUGUGUCAGACCUGGAGUAUGAUUACCUCAUUAAUAAUCAGAUGCCCUCCAAGGAGCAGAUCAUAGUGGUCUGUGUCUCUACUUCUUCUUCACAAAUGAACAAGGAUCCUAGUGAAGACAAAUUAGAGCAGCUCUAUGAAAGAAAAAACAAGAACAGAAGUAUGCCUUGUGCUCAGGGUUGUCUGGAUUCCUUUCGCCUCCUCAAAUAUGACAUCAUCUCUGCAGAUGCAUAUACAGAUCAUAAAGGUUCUUUACUGGUAGAGAGACAUAACGUAGCUCCUGGCAUGUUUUUGAUGUACAUUCAAGGAAAGCUACUCUUUGCCAACUAUAUUUUCAAUGGAUACAGCAAAUCAACUGAAGACUUUCAAAAACAAAUAGCUAUGACAAGGAGUGAUUACCGCAUGGGUUACUGUCUUCCGAGCAAUUUCAGGUUCAGAGCAGCUGAAGACUACUGGUCUGGUGUGUGUUUCCUGUCUCCACACGAAAGAGAAACUGUGGAUCUUUCUCAGUGCCUAUGAACUUCAGAGUGUAUCACAUGUGAUCUCCCUCUGUAGCCCUGCCAGGAGUCUCUCACUGUAGUUUGUUCUUUUAAACAUUUCCUCUUAAAUUUAGUUUUCAUUUAUUAACCAAUUAAACAGCAGCCUAUCAAGAUCCAUUGCUUUCACUGUGGUUUUCUUGACAAUCCAUACUGCCCUAAGGCCCUGUUUUGGGAAAUGCUGAGGGACAUGUGUUUGUUUAUAUGUUUAAGAUAGGACAGAUGGGCUGACAAGCACUCACAGCAGCUCUGGUGCAAAGCCUUUAUAAGA